AGAGCCUGGGCAGGGCCAGGAGGAGCUGGGCCACCUGAGGUGGCAGAGAGCUACUCUGUUCCUCCCUCCAGGCCUGCCACAUCUAGAGGACCUGCCGGAGAGGCCCUAACCCUGUCGAGAACCCAAGGCUGGUCCAGGGUGGUGGUUGGUGGGUUCAGGAACCCAAGGCACCAGCUGGGCCUCUUGCCUUCUCCGCUGAAGCAGGGAAGUGGGAGCCCUGACCCCUCAGGCUGAUACUGACCCCAGGCUGCUCUUCACCCAGACAGGAUGAGAGUGUCAGGUCUGCCUCGCCUCCUGGCCCUCAUCUUUGUCCUGGUCACCACAUGGAUCUUUGUCCGCAGCUACAUCAGCUUCAACAUGAAAACCAUCCGCCUGCCCCGCUGGAUGGCAGGUUCAGUCUACAAGGAGAAACCGGUUGUGAAGAUUAAGUGUGGCCUCAGCAAAUCCUGCCCAGCCAACUUCUUUGCGUUUAAAAUCAUCAGCGGGGCAGCCAACGUCGUGGGCCCCUCCAUGUGCCUUGAAGACCAUGUGAUCAUGAGUCCCGUGAAAAACAACGUGGGCAGAGGCCUGAACAUCGCCCUGGUGAAUGGAACCACAGGAACGAUACUGGGACAGAAAAAUUUCGACAUGUACUCCGGAGAUCCUAGCCUCCUGGUGAAAUUCCUUAAAGAAAUUCCAGCAGGCACGCUGGUGCUGGUGGCCUCCUAUGAUGACCCAGGAACCAAGUUGAAUGAUGAAAUCAGGCAGCUCUUCUCAAACCUGGGCAGUGCCUACACAAAUCAGCUGGGCUUCCGGGACAGCUGGGUCUUCUUAGGGGCCAAAGACCUCAAGGGCAAAAGCCCCUUUGAACAGUUCUUAAAGAACAACCCAGACACAAACAAAUACGAGGGCUGGCCAGAGCUGUUGGAGCUGGAGGGCUGUGUGCCCCGGAAGGUAUAUUAGCAGCUGCAGAUCUUCCUGGACCGGGGCCUGAGGAUGCUCCUGCCUGCCUUGGGCGCCAGAGCCCAGGUCACUGCGAGCUAGGCUGGCAGAAGCUGACAGACAGCAGAAGUGGAGAAGGAAGAGGGCAGCAGUGUGCAAAGUGCUGAGGGCCUCAAAUACUUGGCACUCUUCCUGUUGGAAACAAAACCCUCCCUGGGCAGAUGUGACCUACCCAGAGGUGGCCAGCCCCAGGGGUCCUGCCGGAGCAGCUGAUGUGGCAAGAACAGGUGUGCUUUCCCUCAGAGACUGACUCUCCCUCCCAAGGCAGAACAGAAUGGACUGCCCACACCUGAGCACAAUUAAAUUUUAUUCUUGCUUAUUUUGAA